AUGUCCAAGGGUAAAGGAGCACCUAGCUCUAGUAACUCGCGUGUUGAUGAAAGUUAUCGUAAAAAGGAAGUUGUAUCUAGAGAGAGUAAGAAAUCAGAUUCUUUGGCAAAGGAGGAUGACCAGGAACAAGAACUUGAUGAUGUUGACAAUGGUGAUGAUUAUGAAUUUGCGAGGAGGGGGACCGGUAAGAGUGUGAGCUUAACUUCUGCUGGGCCUGGAACUUCAACAGAGUUAGAUAAGGACAGAAAGAAAGUGAAGGAAGUACUAGAUACUUUCCACUUCCUAUGCAGGAAGUUGUUACAUGAUGAGGGAUCAAAGCCCAAAGGUGGUAAUGCCAAAAGAGUGGAUUUUCUCGCCUCAAAAGAGCUUAAAUCCAGAGGAAUGUGCCUCAAUGUUGGGAAGCAUAUCAUUGGAGCUGUCCCGGGAGUCGAGAUUGGUGACAAGUUCCAGUACAGGCUGGAGCUCAACGUCAUCGGCCUUCAUCGCCCGACUCAAGGCGGGAUCGAUUAUACGAAGCAUAAUCAGGGUAUCAUAGCAACAAGCAUCGUGGCGUCGGGUGGAUAUGAUGAUAACGUGGAUAACUCGGACGUGCUCGAGUAUACAGGUCAGGGAGGGAACUCAACUAAAGAGAAGGAAGCUGAAGAUCAGAAGCUUGAGAGAGGUAAUCUUGCUUUGAAGACUAGCAUUGCAGUGAAGAAUCCUGUGAGAGUGAUUCGUGGGACUAACAGUACAAAUGUUGAUGCUAGAGGUAGGAUUUAUGUCUAUGAUGGUUUGUAUACCGUGGAGGAGUAUUGGCAGGAGACAGGACCUAACGGUAAGCUCGUGUUCAAGUUCCGGCUGGUUCGAAUGCCAGGUCAGCAAGAGCUUGCUUGGAAAAAGGGGAAGAACUCCAUUAAGAGCUCUAGCUCUAGAGGGUUUGUUCAUGAUUGA